AUGCGUUCAGGCGGCUCGAGCCGCGAGAGGAACGGGAACGGAGCUGUGGGGUUCCACCAGGAGAGGCGCUCGCAGACCUCGGCGGAGCCGGCCGCCACCGCUGGCCUCAAGCGACUGCGCUCCGAACGCCUGGAGGAGCAACUCUCGAAGAGGCUCGCGGUGGCGGCGGCGGUGGCGGCGCGACACCGCGUCGAGCAACGACGUCCGCCGACGUCGCCCAACGGGGCCGGGCAGAGACGACGAGGGGACGACGACGACGAGGCGGAGAGCGGGGCCGACGCUCCGGACCGCCGCCAUCCCGCAGCUCCCGGCGACAAUGAAAUCGGUGACAGAAGCUCGCCGAACGGGAGCGGGGCUCCCCUGCUCACCGCCCCCCCUCCUCCUCCUCCUCUUGCCCCUCCUCCGCUGUGCCCCUCGACGCUGCCGGCCAUCGUGAGCCAACUGGUGGCGCUGCAGCGGCAGCAGGUCCAGCAGCUGCGGCUCAUCGACGAGAUCCGCGAGCAGAUCGUGCUCAUCGCCCCGCACACGGACCUUCACGCCCAGCGGCUCUGCGGGGACUUCGACGGAGGGGACGAGCCGCCGCUCCCUUCCGUCCCGAGCGGCCCCGCGUCCCCGCCGCCGGCGGCCUCCUCCUCCUCCUCCCCGCGGCGCAACGGGAACGCAUCGCCAUUCGGCGCGGCCCCCGUCGGACUCCGCUCCCGCCUCCGCGGGACGGCCGCAGCCACCGGCGGCGAUGGCACGGCGACCCGAUCGAUGGCCGUCCGGGGAGGCCCGCCCGGCCAGCCCGUCGCCGCUGACGAUUUCGCAGACGGCCGGCGCUCUCCGGAGCGCACGCUCAGAAUGGAGGUGAAGUCCGAAGCUUCGCCCUGCGAGGCGUUCGGCGGAGACGGCGGCGCCCCGGAGUGCCGCCCCGGCUCUGGCGAGCGCCGGGCGAUCGGAGACCGCCAGGCUGGCCGAGCGGGCCUCGGCUCGCGCCCACGCGGUCACGGAGAGGCGUUCGCGCGCUUCGGCCACGACCCCCGCGGGGCAACCUUCAGCGGCGACAAGGACGCGGCGGCGGCGGCGAUACUGGCGGCGUCGUUGCCCGGUUUCAGCGGCGAUCCGGCGUCACUGUCGUCGCGCCUGGUCGGAGCGCAGGCCUCGUGGCGGCACGGGCCUCGCGGCCGCGAGCCGCCCGCCGUUCCGUUCAGCUCCGAGGGAGCGGGAGGCCGGUACGCGGCGGGAGACGCGGGCGGACCCCCGCGAGCGCCCCAGACGUCCAAGCUGCAGCAGUUGGUGGAGCGGAUGGACCGCCGUCCCGCCGAGCCCAACCGCUGCUUCGUGUGCCACCGCGUGCUCAGCUGCCAGAGCGCGCUCAAGAUGCACUACCGCACGCACACGGGUGAGAGGCCCUUCCAGUGCCGCGUGUGCGGCCGCGCCUUCUCCACCAAGGGCAACCUCAAGGCGCACUACUCGGUGCACAAGGGCGCCGCGGCAGUGAUGCCAGAUGGAGGAGAAGGAGGAGGUGGCAGCCCGGAUGCCCAAGUCGAGGGGUGCGCGGGCAGGGGACGAGGAGGACGAGGAGGUCGAGGAGGUCGAGGAGGAGGAGGAGGUUGAUGAGGAGGAGGAGGAGGGGGGCGGCUGCUGCGGACCGGGAUGACGGGACGUCCGAGUACGGGAGCUCAGACGCGGGCGACCACGACGGGCGGCGAGCUCCCCCCGCCGCCGCCCGCUGGCCGAGCCCGGAGUCUCCGGCGCCGCGGACGACGGCCGUCGGGCCGGAGCGCCGCCAGCGGCCACGCGGCCACGGCGGCUUCGGGACGGCAUCCUUGCCGAGCCCGUCGGAGAGCCCCGGGGCCUCGGCGUCGCCGCCGUCGGACGCCGGCCCCGAGCCGAGAGAGGAGGCGGGGGCCGGCGGAGCGGAGUGGUCGCGUCCCGGCGGCGGCGGCCGCCCGGCGCUCGCCGGCCGGGAG